UUCCACUGCGCCGGAGCUUUGGAUGAAUUCCGCAGGGCCGGUCACCGGAAGCUGAGCUUCUACUUCCGGGUCAGAGCCAUGGCGGUGGCAAAUUCAAGUCCCGUUAACCCAGUGGUCUUCUUUGAUGUCAGCAUUGGCGGCCAGGAAGUUGGUCGCAUGAAGAUCGAGCUGUUUGCAGACGUGGUGCCUAAGACGGCAGAGAACUUUAGGCAAUUCUGCACUGGAGAGUUCAGAAAAGAUGGUGUUCCUAUAGGAUACAAAGGAAGCACCUUCCAUAGGGUCAUAAAGGAUUUCAUGAUUCAGGGUGGAGAUUUUGUUAAUGGAGAUGGUACUGGAGUCGCUAGCAUUUACCGCGGUCCAUUUGCAGAUGAAAAUUUUAAACUUAGACACUCAGCUCCAGGCCUGCUUUCCAUGGCAAACAGUGGUCCGAGUACAAACGGCUGCCAGUUCUUUAUCACAUGUUCUAAGUGUGAUUGGCUGGAUGGGAAGCACGUGGUGUUUGGAAAAAUCAUUGAUGGACUUCUGGUGAUGAGAAAAAUCGAGAAUGUUCCCACAGGCCCUAACAAUAAGCCCAAACUGCCAGUGGUAAUCUCACAGUGUGGGGAAAUGUAAUCUUGACCAAGACUGAACCUGAGCUGGGUUUGGAGGCUUGCACUCAAAAUCUCACCAUUUGGAGGCUGAAGCAAGAUUGCCACAAGUUUAUGGGCAAGCCAGGGCAGCAGCAGCUUAGCCACCAGCAAAAAAGAAGGCUGGGGUGUUGCUCAGGAGCACAAAGUACUCACAGGGUCUGGGUCUGUCUCUACUAAGCAAAGGAAAAGAAAAAUAUGUAAAGUUCUAAUUUGAUGGCAUCAAGAUUAUUGGUCCCUUAA